GUACUGUAUUAUAAUAUUUAUUGGUACAUAGCAUGAUCGUAUUUGUUCCAUCUAUUUACUUCGUUCUUAUUCUCUGUGUUGCAAAGCAAGUGGAUUAUGUCAAACAAAAGGCGUACCACUAAAAGCGAUAGCCAGUGGGUCUAACCCAAGUACGAAUUAUUUAAACUGAGGAGAUCCUUCUACUACUUGUGCCCCUCCAGCUUCCGAGUCACAAAUUUCACGACUUUCUUGACAAUUGACGAGCCAAGCGCUUCGCAAGGCAAAUACUAGACAUCAUAAUGUCUGACCAACCGACCAUUAGACUCGCGACGCCCGAAGACGUCCCCAUAAUCCUCCAGUUCAUCCGUGAACUAGCCGACUACGAAAAAGCCCUUCAUGAAGUAGAGGCCACCAACGAAUCCCUCCUUGAAACCCUCUCCUUCCCCGACAGCCCUCCCAAACGAGGCUCCGUAUAUACCGCGCUCAUCACUCCCCCCGCCACCGCGGACAAUGCCACUCCCAUCCCCGUAGGCAUGGCUCUAUUCUUCUAUAACUACUCGACUUGGCGCUCGGCGCCGGGUAUUUACCUGGAGGAUCUCUACGUGCAGCCCGCUGCUCGUGGUAGGGGAUAUGGGUUCAAGCUGUUGAGAUACUUGGCGGCUAAGGUGCUGGAGGUUAAGGGACGCCGGCUGGAGUGGAGUGUGCUCAAGUGGAACGAGCCCAGUAUCAAGUUCUAUGAGCAGGUCGGGGCGAAGGGUAUGGAGGAGUGGAUGAAGAUGAUGGUUGAAGGGGAUGCAUUGACCAAGUUGGCAGAGGGACUAUGAUACAUGAUAAAGCAAAGAUGGGCUGCGCAGCCGAUUUACAAAAAUUAGAGAGAGUGGCUGAGCGCCCAAGACUAAUUAUA